AAAAUUAUUUAAUUCAUUUUAAUAUAAAACAUCUCUGAGUGAGAUCAUUCGACUGGUAAAAGAACGCCGGUCGCUUGCGCUUUUAUAAGAAAUGAAAAAGUGUUCAUUUCACAUUUAUCGCAUGUAAGUUAGUUGCUCCUUCAAGUAUGAGUGAAAUUAAUGAUUUGCCUUGUUGUUUUUGCGAAAGAAGCACGAAGUAUCGGUGUAUAUCGUGUCAAAAAACAUCUUGUAACAUAUGUUCUACCGGUGUUAACAGUACAGUCAAUGGGUACAGCGAAGAGGAAAAACGUGUUGGUAGAUGUCCUGAUUGUUCUGUUGUUAUUAAUAAGCAGCCGAAGAAAAUCCAAAGAAGCAUAUUUUCAGCCUUUGGAAAAAACCCACCAACAUUAGCGAAGCAAUCAGCAACGAAUAUAACUACACCGCAGACCAAAGGCAAAACAAAUCCGAAACAACACAAGCAAACAACAUCAACAAGAACCGUAACACCUGCUACUGUUGAGAAGUGGAAAGCUGAGCUGGCACAACACAGCGUUGCUGAAUGGCUGCUUUAUGAUAUAAAAGAUGGCAAGGUUAAGAACAUGCGCUGUAAAUUUUGUACGACGUAUCAGUCCCAGAUCAAAACAUUGCCAAAUUACAGCAACAUCUUCGUUGUUGGCACCCAAAACUACAAAAAAAGUGCAGUAGAAGACCAUGCCACGAAGAGUAGACAACACUUAAAAGCCCAUAGCCUGUAUUUGAAAGCAACAGGAGUUUCCCUGGAUGAACGAGCUACAACGUUGUCUGCGGCCGAUUCUUCCAACGUUGUCGCUGGUUUGGCCAAGAUGGAUGAAAAAGAUAUGCAACGAACGAAAAAGAAAUUUGAAGUGGCGUAUUUUGUUGCUAAAAAUCGCUUACCGUUGACAACAUAUCCGGAGUUGCUGAAGUUAGAGAGAAAGCAUGAAGUUGACAUUGGUAUAGCGUAUAACACUGACCGCGCUUGUGGAACAUUUAUUGAUUAUAUGGGUAAAGAUAUGAAGCAGCAACUUAAUGCUGAUCUUGCGAAAGCCAAGUUUUUUAGCGUACUUUGUGAUGGUUCUACAGACAACGCAGUUGUUGAAAAUGAAGUAAUAUAUGCAUUACAUUUUGAUCCCACUCCAGUUAACUCAAAUUGUGUAGAAGUUAAGGUGUCUUUUCUCAGCAUGACUCACUUAAAGCAUCAACAUGCUGUCGGUGUUGCAGCUGCUCUCGCUGAAAGCUACGAUGACAUGGUCACGCUAAAAAGUGCCAUUGAAAGUGAGUUUCAGUCUAUCGGCAUAAUGCCAGCCAAAAAACUGAUUGGAUUUACUUCUGACGGAGCAAGUGUAAAUCGAGGGAAUAAAAAUAGUGUAAAAAUGGUGUUACGAGAGGAAUCGGAGUGGCUUGUAUUUAUUUGGUGCAUCGCACAUCGGUUGGAAUUGGCCUUAUCUGAUGCGUUGAAAGGUACCGACUUUGAUAUUGUAGAUGAGAUGCUACUAAGGACAUACUAUUUAUAUCAGAAAGCACCAAAGAAACUUACGUCAGAUGCAUGAUCUUUACGCUCCUGCGAUGGACUACAUAGAAGGAGGGGUUAAACCCAAAAAAGCAAACGGCACUCGUUGGAUCUCACACAAACUGGCCGCUAUGAAAAUUUGUUUGGAUAAAUAUGGUCUUUUCAUAGAGCACUUAGA